AUGCUCCCGCCAUCCCCCAUCGCACCGGUCGCGCGGUGCGGGGAGGUCGAUGGGGACCGGACGCGACCCUGGCAAGAGGUGCGUGGCCCUUGUGUGUGCUGCGGCCUUGAGCUGACCGAUCGGGAUGGGAUGCGGGGGUAUCUGACGACGUUGUUGCGCUCUCGCCGCGCCGCCUGCGAGGCGGCGGAGCUUCAUGGGCUCACCGAGGAUCAUUUUGCCGCUAUGCUCGGGCCGAAUUGGCGUCUGCAGUGCCGUCGUGGCGGGGGUGAGGCGGGGAUGGCGGCCGCGGCCAUGACGGGCGCGCGCGGCGGGGUCGGGGAGCUCCUCGGGGCCGAGGGAACGGCCCACCAUAACUGCCUGAUCUGGUCGGGUUUGCUGGCGGGCGUCGAUGUGUCGUACACCACCCAGCUCUACGACGCGGUCUCGGAACGCCUUCCUGAGCGCAUCGAGAGCGGCCCCACCACGGGAGCGGGCGUGGACGAGGGGGCGUCCGCGUGUUAUUGGGCCCGCGCGUUUCCUUCGCACCCGGUGGUGCACGUUUUCUCAGAUCUCUCGGGACCCGAGGGGGCGGGUGCUCGGGAGACGCCGCAUGACGAGGCUGCCCGCAGACUUGCCGCCAUCCUCCUUUCCAUCCCAUGCCAGAUGACGUCGCCCAACGUGCGCGGGGAGGGCUGUCGGACCCGAUGCUGUGCGGUCUGUGGGAGAGGGGCCUCACAGGGGUCAGGUGGCCCUGUAUUGGGCCUCCGACGUUGUGAGGCGGCGACGCGGGCCUCUCCGCGGAGCUGCCGUCGACGGUGUUGUAAGUAUUUCCACUUCCCUUGCGCGUUGCUGGCAGGGGCUGGGGCGUGCGUGGUCUAUGGUGUGGAUGAGGGGAGGGCGGAAGGUGUGGAGGUCUGGUGUGGGGCCUGCCGGCGUGCCCUGGAGGAGGCGAGACUGCAGGCUCGAUGA